AUCAUUUCAGUUUAUUGUUUUCGUCGUUUUCGUAUCGGUUUACGUUUGUUAUUUGAUUCAAAUCAAAUUUAGUUUAUUAUCAUUUAUUAUUUUCCAACUAUUCAAAAAAUUCCUUCUAUUAAUUGUCAUUUUAAGUGUUUCCUUUCGUUGUCAAUGUCAAGUGUUCUAAUAAAUAAAAUACAAUUAUUUAUCCAAUCUAAUCGCUUAUCUUCGAUUCCACAAUAAAAAAAAUACCUGUCGAAACGUGUUUUCCAUGUCAAUUGAAAAAACACAAAAAGUGUAUCUUAGCUACGUUUGAUCUUUACAAAUAUUUAACUACUAUGUUAAAAUAAAUUCCCCUGUAUAAUUUUUAUUUUUUUUGAAAGAAAAUAAUGGAUAGACGAAAAUAUCAAAAUCAGUUUAAUAGGUUAGGUUUAAAACCAUUAACAACAACAACAACCGGCAAAAAUGAUGAAUUGAGUGGAAGCAGUGGAAGUGAAAUUUUAAGAAAAACAAGUGCAUCGUCAAGUUUUCGUCCAGUUUUGCCUUCUGGUAAUAGUAAAAGAAAAGAAUUGGCCGAUAAUGAUAAUAAUUCCUCGCAACUUUCAAUUAUGUUGAGUUCGGCUUCAGCAAAAAAGAAAAGAUCCGAUCCAUCGCAGGAAAAUUUGGGAAAUCAUGAAUUGAGUCUUAGAAAUAGACCACCAAGUUCAUUAUCAGACACUUGUUCACAAAGUUCGAGUAAAACAUCUGUAAUGAGUAAAUUUAUGAGUAUGAGUAAAAAGAAUCCCGAAAAGCCGAUCACUUCUUUUUCAAAUUUUGCGAGUAUUAUAAGUGAAGAUAGAAGUCAAGUUUGUCCAAAGACGCCAGUAAAGAUUGCAAGUCAAAAACCUACAGUAUCUUCAGUCAGUCCAAAUACCUCUGAAUUUGAGAGGCAAUUGGCGAAAAGCGAUGAAGAAAUAUCACCAUUGAGACCCAUUGAGCCAGUAAUAGAAGAAAGUAAUAAUUCAGCGAGAAAACGAUUAGCACGCGAACUCGUAACACCAUCAAAGAGCGGUGGCAGUGAAUCGGAUAAAAGUAUGUUCAGCAGUGGUUCUUCCUCGGCGAAAAAACGAGGUAGAUUAUCUCUAGGUUCUCCCCGUGAAAAAAAUAAUAAGGACAAUGAGGCGAAUUCAGUGAAACGGAGAUUACUCGAAAACAAUGAUGAUGACGAUGAUGAUGACGAUAUCAUUAUUCCAAUGAAAGGGGACAUUUUCUCCUCCACAAGAAAUGAAGAAGUGAACAAAGUGAGUAGUUUAUUUUCGCCCGAACGACCAACGAGAAACGAAAAUGAAUUUCUACAACCAGGACCAGUACAAUCGAAAAAUAAAUUUAUUGCAUUUUUGAACGAUGCACGAGUGACAUUGGUGAAGGGCGAUUCACCCCAUCAGAUAAACGGAGAUCCAAACGACAUAAGAGCAAACAUGAGAAAAUUACUUGAGAAAGGAUACAAGACAGAAGAGAUUUCAGCGGAUUGGAAAAAUUUCAUUGAUGUUGAUAAUAAUUUAAAGAAGGCUACUCAGGAUUUAAAAGUUGUUGACGAUGGACAGCCUUUUCCGAGUUGGUACAAUACUUCGUUAAUUAAACUCUUAUUGCAAAUUGCCGAAAUACAAAAACCUUUUCUACAUCAUCUUUUGAAUAGAUUGAACGAAGUUGUCUUGGAAGCAAAUGACGCGGAAAGUGUUCCUUGGGCUUUCACAAUAUUACAGCAAAUACGAUUCUUGGAAUUUAUUGUGAAUCCAGAGUCACUGACUGAACAAAUUGAAAUACUUAUUGAACAUACACCAAUGUGGUUUCAAAAGGAAUUAAUUGUAUUUCUACCAGAUAUUGUAAUUGAUACGCAGCAUCAUGCAAUCUCUGAGAUACUUUUAAAAUUAAUGGAAACUUAUCCGGAAUUGAUAAACGUUAUUCUAGAUACUCUCUCAACUUUUUCUUUCGGCAAAAUGCAAUUCGAAGAAUUAAGAAGCAAACUUAUUGAUAUGCUCGAAACAACUGAUCCCUGUAAUGUGCCUGCAAUUUCAAGAUUUAUUUUGCGCAAUUGUAACGAGGAAAGACCGGCGGAAGAAUUCUUUAGAACAUUGCGUCUAGUUCAUUUGGAGCCAUUGCCGAAUACAAAACUCGAGGAAUGUUAUGCGAAUCAAAUAGCGGUAGUUCAAAUAAUUUCGCAAGCUAUGAAGGCAUUUAAGAAGGUCGUCAAUGCGACUGCAAAUGUUCUCAAGACAAUUGUUAAGGCAAAUUCAAUGGAUAUUAUUUAUUUGCUCUCCUUCUUUGCAUCUCGUGAUUCAAAUCACAAAAUUGCUGACGCAUAUCUCAAACGGAAUAUUCGAAAUGGAAAUUUUAGAUUGAGUUUGUUUCAAACAUUCUACAGAGAAUAUAUCGAGGCUGCACGUGAAUUACAAUCAAGUGCUUUGGAAUCAGCGAGUAAUCUUGUAAAAUCCAACGAUCAACUCUACACAGAACUUGGUAUUGAAUGGUUCGUUUUGAUUUUCAUGAGUCAAAAUGAAAUCUACAAACAAAGACAAGUAUUGGAUAAAAUUUUACAACUCGUUGGCUAUGAUAAUUCCACGGCAAAUAAGGCCUUUACAAUUCUCAGUAAAAUGAUUGCCGAUGAUGAUAGAAGAAAACAACUUCACUCUCAUUGUAAUACAUUAAAAAUUCUAUUGGAAAAAGUUGAUAAUUUAGAUUUAGAGAGUGUCGCAAUUUUAAAUGACGUCCUUCAUGGUCUCUGCAUUCAAUCGAGUUCCAUUUCUGAAACGUUGUACGAUGAUAUGACAAUUUUGAUGUCGAAGCAAAUUGCAAGUUCGAAACCAAUAACAAAAUGCAAAGGUGUCUUAAGUGCUUGCAUGGCGAUCAAGCAUUUAGCGAGUAAAGAAGAAAAAUACAAGGAUGCAUUAGAUCUUUUUGAAAAAGUGAAAUUGGGGGUGAACUUAUGCUUGAGAUCACAAGCUUUGUUCUACGAUCGGAUGAGUAUGAUCGUGGCAGAGACUGAAAAUAUUGACCACCGUUUUCUCCAACAUAUCUGGGAACGUUUUGAAGAAGCUUUUGUCCAAUAUAUUGAUUUUCAUCCGUCACAGAAAAAUGACAUGAAAGUGGAAUAUGGAUUAAAUCCUCUAAUUGAAAAUGAGAGAGAAAUUAUACUUUACUUUGGUGAGGGGAAAUUUGGUGGUAUCGUGCCAAUUUUGUUUCGAUUGUUAAGAAUGUGUAAUGCAAGACUCUCUCAGAAUAUCGAUAAUCUUGAAGAUAUUAAUGCACUUUUGGGUGCUCCGAUACUGGUACCGAUAAAUCUCAAAGAGCCUGAAGCAAGAAAUUUGGAUUAUAUGCUGUACUGUAUUAAUUGGUUUAGAGAAGUAAUAAGUGGUUUCGUAAAAGACUCGGAUUCCCGAAUGCAGAGAAGAGUACUGAAGCGACUUGACGAUUUGAUGAAAUUGCAGGGCGAUUUUCAAAUGGCACUGUCAAUGAUCGACUUCCAUUAUGAACCACCUCAGGCAUAUUUUCAUUAUUUUCCCGUUAAGCCGUUUGUUAAAAUUGAGAAGAAAACAUCGAAAAAAGGAAAGAAGGGAGCCGCUGAUAAAUCACAUAUGCUCACGAAUCCUGACUGGGAAACUUUUGAUUUAGGCUCACUUCUAGUAUCGAAAAACCCUACCUACUUCCGCAAAUUGGACAUAAAGGUGGUACAUCUUUUGAAUCUAAAAAUGGGAAUGGCCUUAACCCAAACGUCAAAUGAAGCUGUGUCAAUUGCUCAGGUUUGCUUUGUUGUGAAAGAAUUUUUGGGAAUGCUCGAGAAUAACGACUCGGAAUUAUUAAUACGUGAUUUAAUUAAUUUAUUGCCUGAAAUUUGCAAUAAAUUACAAGAUAUUGCGAAUGAAGUUAAGGAAAAUGAAAUUGAUGAUUGUCAAAUGAGAGAAGCUCUCGUUCUUCUCUUACAAUUGGUAAAUCAAAUCUUCAGCUGGAAGGAAUUGUAUAAUAGUGCAAAGUAUGAAGGUCUUCUUAAAGAGGGUCUUAGUACAAUUGCGAUGAAGACAAGAGGGAUGAAUCUAACUCAAGUUUCAAUGAAGGAUCUUGUUGCUGAAGCUUAUAGAUUUUUCGAGCAAAUGUGCAACAUUGCUGAAGGUAGAUCAAUUAUCCUCGCUUGCAGCAUUGUCAACAUUUGUGGAACCAUAAUGAAACACGCAAAAGUUUUCGAAAAUGAGAACAAGGAGGCACAUGCUACAAUGGCAUACGAUUUUCUACGAUCGAAAAAUUGGUUGGACAAACAAUCGGGAAGUUUGUAUCGAAAUGCAGUUGCAGGACUAUUAAAAACUUGGAUUGAUAAUGAACCAUCGCCUUUGAAUAAGGUCGCAGAACUUGUUGAGUGGGUAAGGGACGAUGUUGAAGUAUUGGAAAAGGCGUCCGAUUGCUUGAGAAAUUUAUCGUCUAUUAAUAAAAGUAAUUUUCCACUUUUAUUCAAAAAAAUUCUCGAAGGUCUUAUCAAGGGAAUUAAAAAUGAUUUGCGAUCAUUUAAAACCAAUGAGCCUUGCACGUCAAAGCUUGCAACUUGGUUAACUGCUGGUAAAACGAUAUCAAAAAUAGUGGACAUUAGCAAAACAAUGAACACGAAAACAAUUCAUAUACUUUCAGUGAGAUAUCUAAUUAUAAUUGUGCGACUAGUGCUUAAUCAUGGAAUUGUCCUUAUGGAACAUAAUUUAAAAUAUCGUCCGCAGGAAGUUAUAAAUAUUAUCAACUACUUUCAAAAAUCAACAAGGUACCUACACAAUAUUUAUUGUACUGGUAUUAAUGAACAGGACACGACGAUGACAAAAUAUUUCCCCAGCAUUAAAUCGUUGUACGAUCAGCUUCUCUGUCGCAUUAAGGGAUUGAUGGCCUUUAACAACUCCUUGGAUUACUUCAAAUUGGGAAAUCUAACUAAAAAAGAUAUCCACGGUCAGGUGAUACAAUCACAGUCAUCGGUAGACGAAUCAUCUGGAGUUGCUGAUGCAGAAGGCGUGACAGAUGGAACAGAAUCAAAUCUUUCCGAAAUUCUUGGCGAUGAAGGUUUACCUGAUAUUAAUUCAGAGAGUUCUGACGAUGAAAUGAAUGAAGAGGAUAAUGACGUUGACGACAAUACAAAUGAUUCGAUUUAAAGUUUUUUCAAUUUUUUUUUUUUGAAAAAUUAACAACUUAUGUUCGAUUCUAGAUUUAUAUAUAUAUUUUUUUUACAUUUUUCAUAAAAUAUAUUUUCCUAAUGACAAAA